CCCCGUCACCCAUGAGGCUGGAAGCUGCAGCCAGGAUGGAUCUGUUCAGGAAGCUGUGGGAGGCGAGAAAACUGAUCGUUGUGGUGUUCAUCCCGUUGUCCCUGCUUCCUUUACCACUUAUCCACCCCACCAGUGAGGCCAGCUGUGCGUAUGUGCUGAUAGUCACGGCGAUCUACUGGGUGUCGGAGGCCGUGCCCCUGGGCGCCGCUGCUUUGGUCCCAGCCUUCCUCUACCCGCUCUUUGGGGUGCUCAAGUCCAGCGAGGUGGCUGCGGAGUACUGCAAGGACACCACUCUGCUGCUGAUGGGUGUCAUCUGCCUGGCGGCCUCCAUAGAGAAGUGGAACCUGCACAAACGCAUCGCCCUGCGCAUGGUGAUGAUCGCCGGCGCCAAGCCCGGCAUGUUAGUCCUUGGCUUCAUGUGCUGCACGGUCUUUCUGUCCAUGUGGCUGAGCAACACGUCGACGACGGCCAUGGUGAUGCCCAUAGCGGAGGCCGUCCUGCAGCAGCUCAUCUGCACCGGCCUGGCAGACAGCCACGACGACUCCGAGACCGCCGAGGCCCCUGAGGACGACGCCGCCGUUUUAGACAGAAAAGUGAACCUGGAGAAGAACCAGCUGGAGCUGCUCUACUGCAGUAACGGCAACAGCUGCACCAAACAGGAGUUGUCCACACUUAGUGAGAUGCAGAGCGGGGAGGUCAACGGCGUGGGUCCAAAGCCAAACGUGGACUUCAUCGGAAACAGAAACGGACACCUGCCGCAGGUGGAAGUGGAAAUCCCCAACGUGAAGCGCGUGAAGGCCAGGAGGGACUCCCAGUACCCCACCAAGAGGGAUCACAUGAUCUGCAAGUGCCUGUCGCUCAGCAUCACCUACGCCGCCACCAUCGGCGGCCUCAUCACCAUCACCGGCACCUCCACCAAUCUCAUCUUUGCGGAGCAGUUCAACACACGUUAUCCAGAGGCGAAGGUGAUCAACUUCGGCACGUGGUUCAUCUUCAGCUUCCCCAUUGCCCUCAUCAUGCUGGUCCUCACCUGGCUGUGGCUGCACUUCCUCUUCCUAGGCUGCAACUUCAGGGAGACGUGCUCGCUGAGCAAGAAACGCAAGACCAGGAGAGAGAUGCUGUCGGAGAGCAGGAUCCACGAGGAGUACGCCAAGCUGGGACCCAUCAGCUACCCAGAGGUGGUGACGGGUGUUUUCUUCAUCCUGAUGACUCUGCUGUGGUUCACCAGAGAGCCGGGGUUUGUGCCCGGCUGGACGUCUCUGUUUGAGAAGAAAGGCUACAGGACUGACGCCACAGUGUCUGUGCUCCUCGGCUUCCUGCUCUUCCUCAUCCCUGCCAGACGACCCUUCUCCUCCUCCAGCUGUAGGGAUGCAGACGAUAAUUCUGAGUCCGGCCCGCUGGCUCCUAUGAUCACAUGGAAGGACUUUCAGAGGCUGAUGCCAUGGGAGAUCGUAAUUCUCGUGGGGGGAGGCUAUGCUCUGGCUGCUGGUUGCAAGGUGUCGGGCUUGUCGGUGUGGAUCGGCAGGCAGCUGGAACCAAUGAGCGGUCUCCCUCCCUGGGCGGUCACCCUGCUGGCCUGCCUGCUGGUGUCCACGGUCACAGAGUUCGCCUCCAACCCGGCGACUCUCACCGUCUUUCUGCCCAUCCUGUCUGCGCUGUCAGAGACUCUGCACAUCAACCCCCUACACACUUUGAUCCCAUGCACCAUGUGUGUGUCAUUUGGGGUCAUGCUCCCAGUGGGUAACCCCCCCAACGCCAUUGUCUUCAGUUACGGCCACGUGCAGAUCAGCGACAUGGUGAAAGCAGGUUUCGGGGUGAACCUGAUUGGCGUAGCAGUGGUCAUGCUGGCCAUUACCACGUGGGGCGUCCCCCUGUUUAACCUGACCGAAUUCCCAGCCUGGGCGGCAGCGAGGAACAUGACGGGGAGCUUAUAACCACUGGUGGUGGGGGGCUAGUGGUGAGAACACAGCUCGAAUUCAACGAGAGGCAGAGAAAGGAAACUAGACUGGAAGAUACCUGCGUAGACAGACCUGCAACGUCUCGACAGCAUUGUGUUCCUCAGAGUUGACUUGUAUUCUUGACUGAUUAGACUGGAAGUGUGUUAGAAAGAUGGAUGAGGGAUGGUGGAAAGGGAGAGGAGAGGGAAAACUUAGACUUAAAAUUAUAUAUCUUUUCCACCAUAAGACGCCUGGUCGCAAGUGAAAACCUACACAUUACUAUAUCUGAGGUAAUCAAGAAGUGACCUUUAUUGAUUAAGUGUAAGAAUGAGCUAACUUCUGUAGCAACUGUCAAACCUUUUUAGAUAUACUCAGUAUUUUUUCACAAGAUUCUAAACAGUCUGUUUCAAAGCCUUAAAGGUGUGUGUGCAUGUAAAGCUUAUAGACUGUAGGUGCUAUAUGUACUAUUUUGGAAAUCUAGGCCUUUUACAGUAUAUCUGACUGAUGUCGUUACCAAAGUCUCUGAUGGUAAUUUUGUGCCAUAUUCUACUGUGAACUUUUGAGUACCUUGCAACUCGUGCCUUCAUCAUGUAACUGUCUAUCUUAAUACACUUUUAAGCCCAAUUUGAGUGUUAUGGAAACCUAUAACCGACUUAUAACAAUUACAGUGUUAGCAUCACACUGAAGCCUCAGCUGUGCAGGACCUUCCUUUAACCACA